AUGUCGAAUGAAAAAAAUGACGAAAAUUUAUUUGAACUCGUUUGGCUUGGAAAUUCAUCCGAUAAGGCUCUGUCAGAAAUCAAUUUUACACAUGAAUUUACAAAUAAUUAUCAAUUAAAAGAAUAUAUUAUUGAUAAAACAGAUUCUUCAAUAAUCGUUAUACUAUCAGAGAGUAUUUCAUUUGAUAUAACAUCUCUGGUCGAAUGCCCACAGAUUUGUGCUAUUUAUAAUGAAAAAUUAGUUUGUUUAUAUUGUUUACCUCGAAUGAUAUCGUCAGUUGAGACCUAUAUGAAGAAUAAACAACAACAACAAGAAAUAAAAAAGAAAUCAAAUCAAUCAUGUUUAUCUAAAAUAUUGUCAAUAGUUCGAAAAUAUUGGUUUCUUAUUGGUCUGCUUUUAUCAAUCUUAAUAGCAUAUAUUUUUCCAAAUGUUGGAAAAACAGGUGGCUAUAUUCGUUCAGAAUGGACUGUUAAAUAUGGUUGUAUUAUAUUCAUUUUCUUUCUUAAUGGUUUAUCUAUUGUAACAAGACAACUUGCUAAAGAAGUUCUUCAUAUUCGUCUUCAUAUCUUUGUUCAAAUCUAUAGUCUUAUAAUUUUUCCAUUUCUAGUUUAUGGUUUAUCAUUGUUAUUAGCAAAAACAUCUAUGAACAAAACAUUGAUAUUUGGUAUCAUUAUAAUGGCUUCAAUGCCACCGACGAUUUCUGGUAGUGUUAUUAUGACUAAGAAUGCCUUAGGAAAUGAAUAUGCUGGAUUAUUAAAUGCAAUACUUAGCAGUGUUUUAGGUACUUUUCUAUCACCAGCUGUUAUAUUUCUUUUUAUGAAAAAUUCUAUAUUUGAUUUUUUAUCAAAAACAAGUAAUACACAACAUGAAUUAAACUAUAGUCAUGUUAUUAAAAAUUUAUGUUUAACUAUUUUACUUCCUUUAUUUAUUGGACAAAUGAUUCAUUUAUUAUGGACAAAAAAAAUAAUAUAUAUACGAGAAAAAUUUCACUUUGCUGAAUUGAAUAGUUUAGCUUUAUUAAUAGUCGUAUGGUCUGUAUUUUCUACUGUUUUUUCUACUGGAUCGUUUCAAACGAUACAAAAAAUAGAUCUUCUUAUUUUAAUUUUUAUUAAUGGUGGUAUCUAUAUAUUAUUUUCAUUAUUAAUUAUUAUUAUAGCCAGAUUACCUGUUCGACAUUGGCAAUUUUCUGAAAAAGAUACUGUUGCAAUUAUGUUUUGUGGUGUAAUGAAAAAUUUAGGUAUGGGUAUUCCAUUAAUCAAUGCUUUACAUGAUAAUACAAAUCAAUAUAUUAGUGAUUUACUUCCAUUACCAUUAAUUAUAUAUCAUACCGAACAAUUGUUAAUAGGUACUAUUCAGGUUACAUUAUUGAAACAUUGGAUAGAAAAAAAAUUCAACAAACCGACACAGACACUAAAACAUAAUACUUAUGUUCAAUCUAACAAUGAAGAUGAACUUAAAACAGACGAAUCAGAAACUAUAAAUGUUGCAUGUUAG